GUCAUAACAAUGCUGAAUUAAACAAAGCUUGAAUUUAUCUUAUGAGGAGGGUAUUUAUUCAUAGAGGAGCGUUCAUUUUGCAGAUAAUCUUCAUUGGUUUCAUUUGUAGAAGAAUUGCUUCAAAUACUAUAUACGCUUUAGGUGUUGUGUAUACACUGAUACGUUAUUAUAUAUAGGUACAUAAAUAAGAUACCUGGAAGAAGACUUGCUGUUUCGUUGUUGAACGAUGAUUUCAAGAAUGACUUUUAUUUCCCUUGUGGCGUUUCUGCUUUUUGCAGUUGUAGGUGGCGUUAACAUACUUUUGAAUCAAGAAAACUUCAGAGACUGCCGAAACAGUCUAGACGAUUAUGCCAAGACAGAUUGCCAACGUGCUCAGAAUAUUCACUUCUGUACUGAAAUACUCAAUGGACAGAUAAAAAGUCGUGGAAAUCAGGAACUUAAUCGCCUGAAAUGCAAGGAGGAAGCCAAAGAUUGUAAAACAAGUAACAUUCAGAUUUGUAGAAGUUCAAAGUUAAAUUCAUGCAGUGACCUUAACUAUGUGAAACAUUGUUUAUAUCAACAAGACUGUACCAAGCAUUUUGAGUUGUUGGACAAGUACUACACCGAUGUUUGUCUUAAAAUUGAUUGUAACUCGAGUGAUGUAGCUGCAUGUGAUACGGCACCAAAAAAUACGGAAAAAGACACUGUUUGUCUGAAUCUGAUGAGCGAAUAUCAUUGUGUUUUGAAUAAAAGAAGUUAUACUAACGGGACAUGUAGAAUGCCAACUGAAUGGCAGAAAACUUACAAAGAAAAUACUUGCGAACGACUUUGUUAUGAAGUUUCAAAACCAAGUUUCACUGAUAACAACACAGGUAAAGAGAAAUGCGAUAAAUUGAAAUCAUAUAAAUCAAGAUUAGAAACACGGAAUUGCAACAUGUCAAGCGACAUGGAAAUAGAAUACAAGAAAUUAAAAUGUGAUACAGACUCUCCUUGCAAGAAAGGCUACAUGGCAUGCCACGUAUUUGUGAAUGGAAGGAGUACUAGAAAAGAAAAUUGCAAACAAUUAUCAUUGGCCGUUCAAUGUUCAAAGAAUACUGUCUGUCCUACAGAACAGAAAAUCUCUGAUCAAUACGCUUUUUAUGGAUGUGAAACCAGUUGCAACGGUGAUGCAUUUGAUAAGUGUAGUCGUACUUUGAAACAACCACUAAACAGCACAAGAGAAGAGCAAUGCGGGUAUUAUAAAGAAGUACGUGACUGUAUUGAUAAAUCCAAAUGUGAGGGGAGUAAGGAAUAUAGCGAACUUCUGGAAUGUGAUGGCGCUGCAAGCCGGAAUGCAAUGUUCUCAAUAAUAAUUCUUGCUUUACUAACUGUUCAGAUGCUAGAGAGAUAUAUUUCACUUUCCUAAACAUCAAUGAGAUUUAUAUAUAUAUAUUUUUUAUUUAGCGCACAGACUUAAACUCAUCACACAGCAUAUAUUGUUACAUUUACGUAUCACUUUCGCAUAAGUAUAUAUAAGAAAUUAGCCUUUACUUUAUCUUGUUUUCAUCGAUUGAUACAAACUUCGACAGUAAACUAAUCUUUGUGAUAUUAUUAAUAUUUGCUAAAAAAAAAAUAUCUUUAACGUUCUUCAACACAUUUUGACAUAAAAUAAAUUUACUAAUAAAUAUGAAUAGCCCUACUGUCCUGAUUAAAACGUUUCAACCUGUUGAAUAAAUUAAUAUUUACCACUAAAUUGCUUGAAAAUUGCUCUUACCAAUUUGGAUAGAACCAUGCUUGUUAUUCAACAACUAUAACAUGUAAUUUAUUCACAUUUUCGAUUAACAUUUUUGUAUUAUACUACGCACAGAAUCUUUCCGAUUUCAUGACUGAAAGAUUCAGAACAACUUUCUCUAAAUGUAUUAAUGUCUUAUAAAGAAUAAACAUGCUACAAUAAAUAAUGAAUAA